AUGAAGGCUUCGAGUCUGUAUACGAUUGGCACUUCCUGCAUAUUCCUCUUUCUCGCCCUUGUACUUCCAUCAAAAAAAGCAAUAACAUGGGGUUUUCAAGCAACAACUAGGACUGGUAUUAAUACACAGCGACAAAGUAAGCCAAUCUCUGGAUCAGCGCUACGGCGAUCUCGCAAUCAGUACCCAUAUCCUUAUCGGCCACUGUGGUAUUCUCCAUCAUCAGAUGACGACCGGAAUCAAGAUUCUGAAAAGGUGAAGAGUGGUAACCAAAACAAAUCCAAUAAGAGCGCCGUAAAGAACAGCAAAAGCAGUCAAAAUGGCCAAACACCUUUCAACAUAUUCAAUCAAAUAUUUCAACACUUGGGAUACCAGUCAAAGGUAGACGAAAUUGAAAAGAAGGAUGUGGAAUCCGAAUCGCAAUCAGAAUUGGAAUUGGAAUCAUCGCCUGCCAGUAGCGGAAAACAACAAGAUCGCGUAGCUAGAAAUGCAAUUAUAAUGCCCAAGCAAGGAAGUGCUACCGAAAAGGUGAAACCAAAUUCAAAAAUUCAGAAGCCAAAUAUUAAGGCAACGAUGGUAUCACAGAAAAAUAGCAACAAAAGUCUUCGCCAGGAGAGAGUAUCAUCGCUGACAACUACCAAUGCUGGGAACGUCACUGCAAAUAAUACUGCAUUCCCUACGCAUGAAUUUCAACAAAAGUUGUUGGAAGCGUCCCUGGCACAAAGGCAAAAGGAUAUGAAAGAAAACACCACGUUGUCGACAAAGUAUCAAGCGAGCAUGAAGCAUAUUCGAGUUCUAGCAGGGUUAUAUAACAGUACAAAAGUUGAUGCGACACUACCAAUUCCCGAACCAACCAACUUUAAGAAGCGAGGAAGAAGAGAACGAGAAUCUGCAAAGAAACUAGUUCGCAAAGCUACUGCUGAAAUGGGCAAAAUAGUCAGCAAGGAGGAUGCUGCAAAGCGCAAGAAAAAAGCUGUCAAAGCGGCAAACUUCACUGCUACAACAAGGGAACAGACGAAAGAGACCAAGGAUGUCCAACUGAAGAAGCAGCAACCUCAAAAUGGAAAACGAAACAACUUUAAUUCAACACGACCAUUACCUCCUCGGCAAAAUCAAGAUAGUACAAGGCGAAUGCGACGACUAUCACAAUUUCAGCAACGACUACUGCAAGCAAGACUUCGAUCAGAGGCAAAAUUCAAAGUAUCGUUAGCACAACGCCAUGAAGCCAUUAUUCGGGAGCAAAGGCUUCAAUCCCAACGGCAACAUUCUGACUUUCGUCGUCGUCUUCUGGAGCAGACGAAUACGUACGAUAUAGAGGCUAUCAAGCGAAAGCGGAGGCUUCAGUCCCAACGGAAGCAUCACAACUUUCAUCGACGUCUUUUGGAACAAAAAAAUGCUUACGAUAUAAAGGCUAUCAAGCGAAAACAGAAGCUUCAAUCCCAACGGAGACAUCACAACUUUCAUCGACGUCUUUUGGAACAAAAAAAUGCUUACGAUGUAGAGGCUGUCAAAGGAAAGGAGAGGCGCCGCAUCGUGGAAGAAAGAUUGACACAAGAGAGAAGGGGUCGGGAAGCCAAGAAAAAACAAGAGUUCCAAUUUCACCAGCACUUACUUGCAGCAAAAUACCAAUAUAUAGAAAGGGCCCAAAAGUUCAAAAUGAAAAGGCUCCUUCAAGAAAUUCUUCAACAGAAGGAAAAUAAGAGGAAAGAGAAGGAAUACAAAUUUCAGAAGCGACGGCUGGAAGCAUCAUUUCAAUCAAUGGAAAAUCAAAAGGAAAAAGAAAAGCAGCAAAAAGAAAAAGAAAUACAACAAAAGGAAAAAGAAAAACUGCAAAAGCUCAAUUCGAUGCUCCAAAAUUUUAGCCUGAUGAAUUAUACGAAGAAGAAGAUUGGCGAGAAAUCAAAGUUCAAUUUUCAAAGGAAGUUGCUAGAGGCGUCGAUUGAGAACACGAGGAUCACCAGGCGCCGCGAGAAGAAGAAUCAAUCGGAGAAACAAAAAUUGAAACUCCAACAAGGCUUGCUGGAACAGAGACUUCGCAGCGAAGCCAAGGCGGAUGAUUCGAAGCGAAUGGCGAUGGCGCAGGCUGAAUUUCAACAGAAUCUUGUUGAAUUGUAUGACAAAAUGGCUAGCUUCAGCAAGUACGAAAAAGAUUUCGCUGCCGAUGAAAUGAUACGCCAGAAACAAAAAACUGAUUUUCAACAAGAUCUCUUAUCAGCAAGAAUUCGAAACGAUCUGGUUGCUAGAAAGCGUCUGGCAGAAAAGAGGAUAAACGAAUUGCACCAGAGUCUACUCGAUGCCCAAAGAGAAUCAGAACUAGCAGCCGCCCAGGUAUUGGAGGCUGAAGAACGAAAGCAUCAAGCACAGUUGGAUUUAGAGGAGCGGCAAAAGCGCGAAGACGAAGAGAAAGAAAAGGAAGCGAAACGUAUUGAAGCAGAGCAACGGGUGAAGCAACAAAUCGAAGAAUCCAGAGAGCGCGAGGCCGCAAUCCGAGCAGUACUCGAAAAAGCUGGCCGCCAGCAAUCCAGCGGCGAGUCUGUCAAAGGUAUGAAUGAGUACGAAGCAAUCUUGGAAAUGCAGCGCAAACAAGCGAUACAGAAUCGGAUCGACGAAGGAAAGCGACGGCAAGAUGAGUUGCAGCGAAUGAUGGAAAAUGCUGGGCGCACAGAAGCUUCGGAACAGACAAUGGAUCGAUACGAAGAAAUCUUGCAGCAGCAACGGAAUGAGGAAAUGCGAAGGCAACAAGCAGAAGCACAGCGGCGUCAAGAAGCUUUGCGGCGUCAACUGGAGGAAGCAGGACGACCGCAAGAAGAAUCCGCAAGCACUAUGGAUCAGUAUAGUCAAUGGGUUGAACAAACCAACAAGACUUCUUUGGCUCGUCCCGAGCCUUGGCAGCCGCCCCGUGCUACUGUUGCUACUGAGACUACCGCUCUACUUAAAUCAGAUGCCAUUAGGACAGGUAGCCAACCAAGUUCCGUCUUCCAACCUGAACAGGCUCCUACAAUUGAUUCCGCUGCUAUAUCACCGUCACAGGAGGAGAACCAAUCUCAGCAACAGCAACUGGAAAAUCAACAGGAGGUCGAUCCACUGGUUGGAAAGGUGCUUCUUGACAAGUUUGUGGUUGCUGAAAAGUUGCGUGUGGGUGGUGAUCGCAGUGAGCUCUAUAAAUGCUAUCACGUUUUAGAUAAGCCACAGGAAUACGCUUUGGUCAUCAAACUAUCUCACAAUAUUCAACAAAUCGAACUUGAGCACCGAAUCUACGGUGACUUGUUCUCUCGGCUUUCUCACGAUCGCCAAGAGCUAUUUGUCAGAGCCUAUGACUGGGUUCCAGCGUCAGAUCUAACAAACGGACGAGUUGGGUUUGCAAUGGAGUGCGGGCUCGAGAAUUUGCGUGGUCAUAUUUGGAGACAUGGCCCAUACAAUGGCGAGAAACUCCGCACAGCCAUGGAAAACGUGAUUCGCAUCGUCCAAUCGCUGCAUGGUUUUGGGGUUGUCUGGAGUGAGUUGAAGGCAGAAAACUUUAUUGUAUUCAAUGGUGACAAGAUCAAAGCGGUGGAUUUGGAAUCAGUAGCCGCACACAACGAGUUCCUUCGUGCUUACACUGCUGAAACAUAUCCCCCAGAGUUCCCAGCCGAAUCAUUGUAUCAAUGCCUGCCUCAAAUUCCUGUGGACUACUCGUUUGAUGUCUGGGGUAUGGGGUUGACAUUGUACGAACUUGCCGUGGGCGAACCGUUAUUUACACUACAGCGGACCUAUGACGUCGAAUACAUCAAGGAAAGACUGAAGAACCCAGAAGGGAUCGUCGAUGAGGCAAACAAGAAAAUGUGGAAGGUAGAAUCAGGAGCGCGCAACAUUAUUCGAAAGUGUCUUGUGGUGGAUCCAACAAAACGAAGUUCAUGCGAUGAAUUACUCCAAGAUCCAUACUUUGCAAACGGAAAGCAACCGCCUGCUAUAUUUUCUCCAUCAGCUAUGGGGAACAAUUCUUUCAAUUAA